UUCUUCCUCUGGCCCGCCCUCUUCGGCCCUCUACUCUUUGAAAACCAGACCUCGGACGCCCGCGACCACUGCGCCAACGAGCGCACGUUCCUCUCCUAUCUUCGCCUCAGCAUCUACAUGGCCAUCGUCGCCGUCGCCAUCGUCUUGUCCUUUCACCUCAAGAGCCGGCCCAGUGCUGCCGAGCUCGCUAUGGCACGGCCUCUGGGGGUGGUGUUUUGGCUGUUGAGUGUGGCUUGUCUGCUGGUUGGGCUGGGGAAUUAUAUUCAGACGGUGAAUAAGUACAGUCGGAAGAUAGCCAUCGUCCAAACCGGUAUCAAGACACAGCUCGUGAGUACAGCCACACUAUCUUCACACAACCCCUUUCAUCUCUCCUGGGACGACAAGACUGACACCUUGUACAGAUAA